AUGCCGUCCAUCAAUCCCGCACCAGUGCAGAUAGACUUUUCGAAAUACUUCAGUCAAGAGACAACCGGCAGAAAGCGGUCGCAGCUUAAGGAGUUGCGGCCGUAUUUCGAGAUACCUGGAAUGAUCAGUUUCGGUGUUGGAAUACCUCAUCCAUCAACAUGGCCAGUCAACGGCAUGACCCUGUCAGUUCCAUUUGCGGGAAAAUCUGUGUUUGUUCCAGGUCAUGGGAGCAGAUCUCCAAAUGAUAUGCUCCCUCUAGCUCCUUACAGUGAUCCGGUCAAAGGCGAUCACCUUUUCCCAGAUCUUGCGGGUGAACUACAAUACAGUGCUACAUAUGGAACCCCUCAUCUUCUCGGGUGGAUCAAGGAACACAUUGAACGCGUACACGCACCACCAUACAGCGACUGGGUCAAUCUUUGUACUGCUGGUAACACGGACGGUACAGAUGCUGUAAUGAGAGCUUGUUUCGAUAGGGGAGACUACAUGCUAGUAGAGGAGUUUGCUUAUCCGGGUCUAUUGAGUCCCGCUGCAACUUUCGGAAUCAAAUGUAUUGGUGUCCCACUUGAUGCGGAAGGUCUAAACCCGGAUGCUCUGGAUGACAUACUCGCCAAUUGGGAUGAGCAGGAAAAGGGAGGACCGAGACCGAAAGCGCUGGUAGUUGUGCCUACUUGCUCCAACCCGGCGGGUGUCACGAUUCCUGUUCAACGAAAACGGGAGAUCUACUCAGUCUGCAGAAAGUGGGAAGUACUGAUCGUAGAGGAUGACCCAUACUGCUUCUUGCAAAUCAGACCCAAUGGAGCAGACAGUCCAAUCGUCCCCACUUUCCUUUCUCUAGACACGGAUGGCCGAGUUAUCCGUAUAGAUAGUUUCUCCAAGAUUGUAGCUCCUGGCAGUCGAUUGGGAUGGAUCACUGGUCACAAAACAAUUGUUGAGAAAAUCAUGAACACACGAGAAAGCGCUACGCAAUGCCCAUCUGGAUUUUCCAUUGCCGCCGUUACGGCUGUACUUCGUGCUUGGGGUUCCCACGAAGGAUUUGAAAAGAAAUAUAUACCUCACAUCUCUGACAUCUACUCCAAGCGAUGUCUUCAGAUGCUAGACCUUUUGAAACAACACGUUCCGGCUCAGACCAUAGAACUCCCUCAACCUAGUGGAGGCAUGUUCCUAUGGGUACGACUCAAGAUCGAGAACCACCCAUCUUUCCCCGCAGAAGACCCGGAAGAGAUCUCUAAGCGAGUAUUCCAGUCUAUGAUAGGCGAGAAAAUCCUUAUGGCUCCCUCGGAGUUUUUCAAAGCUCCAUCUGUUAAUACGUGGAGUACAGAGGAAGAAGCUAGGCGUAUAUAUGUACGUAUCAGCUUUUCUCUUCCUCCUGCAGAUGAGAUGGAGGAAGGCUGUCGCAGGAUGGGCAGAGCAUUGGCAAGGGAAUGGAAAUGUUAG